UGUGGUCGCGAAACACUCAAAUACCAGGCUAUCAACUCCAUACAUCAUUUGAAUUUUCAGCUGUUUCAAGAGUUAAUAUUAAGAUUUAAUGAGGAUGUCUACGAUAAGAACCAUCACUUCUAGCAUCCAUGGCCUUAAUCUCCAUCCUCGCCAUCCAUCAUAUCCCAGCGUCCAUAAUUCUUGUCGAAGUAUAGAGAUAUCGAAAUUAAAGCAUAGAUAUUUUUUCACUGAAACUCAAAGGGCACAACCAGGCAGUAUCCGCCGUAGAAUCGGAAGCGAACUCCAUGCAAUAAUAAAAGAUAACCUUUCGUCAGGAGCUCCACAACCUCCACCCAACUUACCAACCUGGGCAGGUUGGGUUUUGGGAUCGAUAUUCACAGUAAUCAUACCGCUUUUGACGCUAAAAGGUGGAUUCUUACAAAAAAUAGGAAGUAAGGUAGAACAAGUUGUAGAUGUUGUAGAGGACAUAGUUGAGGCUGUAGAAGAUGUAGCUGAGGUCGUGGAAGAUGUCGCCGAGGCAGUAGAGAAGGUAUCGUCGGACGUGGCCGAUAAUCUUCCUCAGGGUGGGAUACUUAAGGAUGCAGCCUUGUGGAUUGAGAACGCAUCAAAAGAAGUGAGGGAGGAUGCCCAGGAGACAUUAGACUUCAUCGAUAAGGUGGAGGACUUGAAGGAAGAACUGGAGAAAGAUGUGGACGAAUUUGUGGAUUCCUUGGAAGAGGAUGAAGGAGAGGCCAAACAAAAAGAAGUCAAGGUGGAGGAACGGAAGGAGAAGGUGGAGACAGUGGUGGACCAGCCCCUAACAGAACAAGUAGAGGUUGUGGAAAAGGCAGCACCAGUUAAACCAGAAGCAGAGGGGAGACGGUCAUGACAGCACGUCGGCGGUCGUGGCUCGAAGUGGACCUUUCAUUUCUCAAAUGCACGAGAGCCACUCGAGAAAGAUAUUAGCCUAGAAACGAUCACCACCAUCUGUUGAUAUCGCGGCCCAUGAUCUGUGUACACCAUGUAGCAUAUAAAUAUAUAUAAUUUAUUUUUUCCAUUCUCAUUAGGCAAGAAAUUCAUUGGACGUUAUAAUUUGUAUGAUAUUUUUUAAACUGAUAUG